AUGGCGGUGCCCGGUGCGGCACUCGUGCGAGCGCUGUGUAACAUCGGAGGUCGAUUAUGUCCGACAGGGGCAAAAAAUGGACAAGGUUACAGCUGGACCGGUGGGUGCGGAGGUGACCUCCGGAGGCGGUUCGGGACGAAAGUGUGGACGGCCAAGGAUCCCAGAUCGUCGGCGCCGCACGGCAGACGCGGCCAGCAAGACCCGAUGAAGGAGUUUCCGCAGCCGAAAAACCUGCUGCACAAGACCCUGUCCCGCUACCUGGGCCUGUCAGACCUGUCCCAGCACAUCCAGUACCAGUGCAGUGAUGGCGCCGUCAAGAGGGCCACGGUGACCCUCCUGUGGCCGGAGAAGAUGGAGGCGGAGGGGUUUGGGACCAGGAAGAUCGACGCCGAGCGCCGUGCCGCUGCCGCUGCCUGCCGCAUGCUGAAGGAGAUGGGAGUGCUGGGCUCAGGAAAUGAGAUUACUGAAAGGAGGGGCCAAAGAGAGAGGGAGCAGGAAGAGGAAGACGCUGGUACCCUGGACACCACAGACUUCCCCCCAGCCCCCCUGGACAGGACACGGGGUCCCCUGGGUGUCUCCAGUGCUUCUCAGGGGGACCCCAGUGUAGCCCAUGCCCUGUCUCUGUUCCCCAAGCCGAAAUCGCUGCUGUCACAGGUCCUCCAAGUCGCCACGUCUUCCUCCAGCGUUAAAGAGCUGAUGCAGUUCCACACUCGGGGCGGGAAGGUGAAGGUGUGUGAGCUGUCCCUCCGGUGGCCGGAGGAGCUGCGCUUCGAGGCAUCGGCGAGGCACAGGGUGGAGGCGGAGAGGAGAGCGGCCGCGCUGGCCUGUGUCAGGCUGAAGGAAAUGCAGCUUCUGGAUAAGAACAACAACCCCCUGACCCACGCCAUGUACCACCGGGACCAGGUGCGAGAGCUGGGGGAGAGAGAGAGGCGGCCCUGUGUCCUGGAGCUGCCUGAGCGGCUGGAGAACCGGCUGAGGGACUACCUCACUCGGUAUCCUGUGGAGGCCGAGAUGCAGAAGCUUUGGGAGGAGGAAGAGGAGGACAGCGCGGUCGAGCCGUUGAGUGAGGAAGACGAGGAUGACGUCAUCGUAGAUGCCAUCACGGGCAGGCGGUACCGCGAGCUGUCCCCGGAGGAGGCGGAGCAUCUGAGCCACACCCUGCAGCGGCAGUGGGAGGAGGCGGGGCCCGGACGGGGGGCGGAGCUGCCGGUAGACGCGCACCGCGAGCGCGUGGUGGCGGCCGUGGAGGCUGCGCGGGUGACGGUGAUCGCCGGGGAGACGGGAUGCGGGAAGACCACGCGCAUCCCCCGCUUCCUGCUGGAGGGGCGUGUCCGGGGCGGGGACGGGGCGCGCUGCAACAUCCUGGUCACGCAGCCGCGCCGGAUCAGCGCCGUGUCCGUCGCUCACAGGGUGGCACACGAGCUGGGGCCCGAGCUGCGCCGCUGCGUCGGCUACCAGGUGCGUUUGGAGAGCCGCCCCCCGGAGCGCAGCGGCGGGGCGCUGCUGUUCCUGACGGUGGGGGUGCUGCUGCGGAAGCUGCAGGGGAACGGGUCGCUGCGGGGUGUCAGCCACGUGCUGGUGGACGAGGUGCACGAGCGUGACGUCAACACCGACCUGCUGCUGGCCCUGCUGCGCUCCGCCCUGCAGGACAACCCCGACCUGCGGGUGGUGCUGAUGAGCGCCACCGGCGACACCGCCCGCCUCGCCCGCUACUUCGGAGGCUGCCAGGUGCUGCGUGUGCCCGGAUUCAUGCACCCCGUCCGCGAGAGGUACCUGGAGGAGGUGCUGCGGGAGAUGGGCCGCCCCCCGCCCCCCCCCUCUGCAGCCUGAGUCGGACAGAAAGGUGAGGGUGGAGAUGAUGCGACACCAGAUCUAGAUCUAGUGGCAGACGUGAUCGAACACAUUCACACUCGCGGAGAGCCAGGAGCAGUUCUGUGUUUCCUUCCGGGAUGGCAGGAUAUCCGGGUGGUUCAGCAGAGCCUGGAGGAGAGACCCUGGAGAAACACGGCUCUCAUUCUGCCCUUGCACUCUAGCAUGGCUGUGUCGGACCAGCAGGCCGUGUUCCAGCACCCGCCCGACGGCCAGCGCAAGAUCGUCCUGGCGACCAACAUCGCCGAGACCUCCAUCACCAUCGACGACAUCGUGCACGUGGUGGACGUGGGGGCGCAGAAGGAGCAGUACUAUGACCCGCGCACGAAGGUCUCCUGUCUGGACACAGUCUGGGUCUCGCGCUCCAACGUCACACAGCGCAGGGGGAGGGCGGGGCGUUGCCAGCCCGGCCACUCCUAUCACCUGUUCCCACGGCAACGCCUGGACACCAUGCCCGCCUUCCCCGUCCCCGAGAUCCUGCGCACCCCGCUGGAGAACCUGGUGGUGCAGGCCAAGAUACACAGUCCCCACAGCAAGGCUGUGCACUUCCUGUCACAAGUUCUGGACAGUCCAGACAAGGAGGCAGUACAAGAGGCUGUGAGCAAUCUGCAGGAGAUCGGGGUGCUGGACAGGGCGGAGCUUCUGACCCCCCUGGGGGAGCGUAUCGCCUGCCUGUCAUGUGACCCGCGGCUGGGGAAGGUUCUGGUUCUGGCGGCGCUGUUCCGCUGCGUUCUGCCUCUGCUGUCCAUCACAGCCUGCCUGACCCGCGACCCCUUCCUCAACAGCAUGCAGAACCGGGCCCUGGUCUCACAGGCUAAGGCCUCCCUCAGUGGCUCCAGUGGCUGCAGUGAUCACCUGGUGUUCAGCCGGGUGGUGCAGGGUUGGAGGAGCGCGCAGCAGGUCCGGGAGAGCAGGCAGGAGUACCUGGACACCUACACGCUGUCGGGAGCCAGCCUCCGCUUCAUUCACGGCCUGAUCCAGCAGUUCAGUGAGAACCUGCAUGAGGCGGAGCUGGUGGCCCGCUCCACUGACUGUCUGCGUCUGUCCUCCCAGUGUAACCAGUACAGCCAGGAGGAUGAGCUGGUGAAGGCCGUGCUGCUGGCGGGACUUUACCCAAAUCUCAUCCAGGUGAAGAGGGGCAAAGUGACCAAAGGGGGGCGGUUUCGUCCCGACAGCCUAACCUACCGCACUCGCAGCGGGCCCGUCCUGCUGCAUCGCUCCACCGUCAACAGGGAGGAGAAGGACCUCCCCAGUCGUUGGCUCACCUUCUUCACAGCUGUCAAAUCCAAUGGUAACGUGUUCAUCAGGGACUCGUCCUCGGUCCACCCGCUGUCCCUGCUGCUGCUCACCGACUGUGACAUCGCAGAGAGGGUGGCAGGGGAGCGGGUGGAGGUGUCUCUGGGGGGCCAGGCUCUGGUGCGCUGUGAGCUGCCCGUGCAGAGCUGGGAGCUGCUGUGGCAGCUGCGUCUGUCUCUGCAGGCCAUGCUACAGCGCCACCUGCAGGCCGGGCGCCACACCUGCGACCCCGCGCAGGACCGCCAGCUCAUCGGCCUGCUGGUGGAGCUGCUGAAUGGCACCGAGCAGGGGGCGGGCGACUCGCCCGACGGCACGGACUGACGCGAUCGCCCGCCUGCGUCACGCGUCACCCGAGGGGAGGGGUCAUCGGGCGCCCGGAAAAUGCAACGCUCGCUACCGGCCCUGAGGCAAACGCACGCGUGGAGCCUUGUGCAGGAAUGUACGGGAGAAGGUGCGCCGUGCGGCCAGGCUCACAGCUCUUUGUAUUGUCUGGAUGGGCUAAAUUCAGUGGACUCGGUGGGUGGGAUGAGCUAUCCACAUCACGUAACGAUCAGUGGAUCUGCACGGAACCUACACUGCCGUGAUUUAAAAGCAGAAUUCCUUACCUUAAGGUACCAGAAGGUAUUGAAAUAAACAAGGUGAAGAAUCUCAGAUGCAGAUAUGUAUUGAUACACAUCCGGGAUGAAUGGACAAAUGCUAAUUAGAUGGAUGGAUGAACAGCCAGCCGAGGUUCUCCUAUUCCCUGUCUCACUGCACUGACUGAUACAGGACAGAAACAGCACCAUAAGUAGGAGCUUUAAGCUUCCUUGCCUGAGGGACACUCAUGGAUUCUGUCCUUACUUGGGACACUUUUUCUGUGUGUGGUAAUGAGUAGGAUUGGCGGAUUUCCGCCUCUGUGUUUGAAAUACGCCUUAACCUCGAACGUGCCCAUCACAUUUUGGCAAACAUGAUAUGAUGUGUUACAGAGAGAUCUUCUCACUGGAAGGGUUUAGUGGGGGCACAGUGAUUAUAUUCAGUUGCCGGUCUGUCUUAAGAAAUUAAACAAAAGCCCAGUUAAGUGUUCACACAGCAUGUCCUUGUAGAAGAACGUGCAACAUGCGUCUUGUGUCGUUUUGCUGAAAAGAGGCACAUUUCAUACCUGAGUCAUCGCAGUCUAAUACCGUAAACUUUAAAGAUCACCUGAGUUAAUCACAGUUAAUUACAAUUACAAUGUCUGAUGGGGCUGAAUGAAAUAUCCAUCGAAAUCCUCUCGAUCUCGUAAAGCACGCAGUCUAGGCUGAAGAAUCCUUUCUGUGUGAAUGGGGUUCUGCAAUCUGUUAUCCGCUUUGCAUUCAAAGCUGAUUGGUUGGGCUGGGAGUUGCCCUGUGCAAAGGGCUUUCUGGGUAAAUAAGUAACAAUAAAAAAGAUGUCUGUAUUAAUGAUGUAUACGCAUGUUGAAAUGAAAAAUAAUUUAUUUCACCGGUUUCUCUGUAAAGCAGUCGUUUUGUUCGACGUGAAAGAGAUCCACAGAUGUUCAUGCAGUGGUGCAUUUCCUGGCAACCAUAGCGUUGUGUUCAGGGAAGCCGGACUGGUAACCUAUUGGUUAUAGGUUCAAAUCAAUAAAGU